GUGAACUUGGGUGGAGAUUUACUGAGAACAGAUUCAGUGUUUCAUAGCAGCAACUAUUUGCACAUUUUUAAUGGGUGAGUCGGUCAAAAACACAUCUGGGUCAUAUUUCACCCCUAAAUCAAAAGGAAUUUUUUUUAUGUAUAUUGCACAAAGACAUUUUUUUUCAUGACAAUUAGCACUUUCCCCCAAAAUCCUUAUUAUCGUAAUGCAUGCAGAUGUUUUAUUUCUGAGGUUUUUUUGUAAUGUCUUUAUAGUAUAGUUUUGAAAACAACAUUUUGAUGAGAUUGUUUUUGUUUUUCUUUUUUUUAGUACUCUUCACAGAAUACAGUACAGUUUACUAUAAUGGAAAUAUACAUAGGAAAAUGUUGCGAAUUGUAAUUUUCAAUAUUACUGGCCUACAAAACUGAUUACACUGGCCUACAGACUACACCCAUUAUACGAUUUUAUCUAAAAAAAAAAAAAAGUUUUUCUUUAAUAUUUUGAAAACGAUAUUAAAUGUUCUAGAUGUUAUGUAUUUAUAGGUAUGUUUUAUCAUUUUAUAUAUUAAGAGAGGGUGUACAAUUUCUUAUUUAUCACUUAUUUAAUGUGAUCUGUGUAACUAUUAUUAACUAAGUUAUUUCAGAGAAAAAAAAUAAUUUUUUUGCUUUUUGGAGGGGGGGGGGUUAAUUUUUGUUUACAACUAUGUGAAAGACUACUCUUAUGCUCACCAAGGAUGCAUUCAUUUAUUUUAAGUUUUAUAUAUAUAUACACACACACAGUCAUGGCCUAAAAUAUCGGCACCCUUGGUAAAUAUGAUCAAAGAAGGCUGUGAAAAUUAAUCUGUAUUGUUAAUAAAAAUUCACAAAAAUCUAACCUUUCAUUAGAUAAUAAGAAUUUAAAAUUGGGUGAAAUAUCAUUAUGAAAUAAAUGUUUUUCUCAAAUACACGUUGGACACAAUUAUUGGGACCCCUAGAAAUUCUUAUGAGUAAAAUAUCUCUGAAGUAUAUUCCCAUUUAUAUUCACAAUUUUGAGCACUCCAGGGUGAUUAUGAACAUGAAAUUAUCCAGCUAUGGCUUCCUGUUUCACAGAAAUAUAAAUAGGAGGGAAAACAAAGCCCAAAUUCCCUUAAUCAUCCAUCACAAUGAGAAAAACCAAAAAAUAUAUUUCUGAUGUGCAGCAAAAGAUAAUUGAGCUUCACAAAUUAGUGAAAUGGCUUUAAGAAAAGAGCUAGAGCAGUGAAAAUUCCCAUUUGAUUCAAUUCAAUUUGAUUUCACAGAUACUAUUUAAACUAAACUGAACUAAACAAUGACAUCUCUGAAUUCAAUAAUGGAAUGCCAUUAACUGAAAAUUGAGUGUUUAAUCUUAUCAUUAUACAUUAAUGACACUCCUCCAAUUUGAUAUUGUUAAGUGCUUUGACACAAUCUGUAUUGUUAAAAGCGCUAUAUAAAUAAAGGUGACUUGACUUGACAUUUCAACAAUCAGGGCAAUAAUUAAGAAUUUCUAAUCAACAUAAAAUGUUACGAAACUGCCUGGAAGAGGACGUGUGUCUAUAUCGUCCUAAUGCACGGUGAGGAGGAGAGUUUGAGUGGCUAAAGACUCUCCGAGGACCACAGCUGGAGAAUUGCAGAAAAUAGUUGAGUCUCGGGGUCAGAAAACCUUAAAAAAAAAAAAAAAAAAUUGUCAAACAGCACCUACAUCACCACAUGUUGUUUAGGAGGGUUUCAAGAAAAAUUCUCCUCGCUCAUCCAAAAACAAACUCCAGCACAUUCAGUUACCAGACACGACUGGAACUUCAAAUGGGACUGGCUUCUAUGGUCAGAUGAAACUAAAAAAUGAGCUUUUUAAACAGCAAACACUCAAGAUGGGUUUGGUGAACACAGGGAUAAAAAGUACCCCAUGUGUACAAUGAAAUAUACUGCUGUAUUUUUGAUGAUGUGGGCCUAUAUUUCUGCUGGAGAUCCUGGACAUCUUGUUUAGACGCAUGGCAUCAUGGAUUCUAUCAAAUACCAACAGAUAAAAAAUCAAUAAGUGACUGACUCUGUUAGAAAUCUUAUAAUGGGCCAUGUUUGGAUCUUCCAACCGUACAAUAAUCCAAACACAAACCUCAAAAACAACACAAAAAUGGGUCACUGAGCACAAAACCAAGCUUCUGCUGGCCAUUCCAGUCCUCUGACCUGAACCCUAUAGAAAAUGAGUGGGUGAACUGAAGAGAAGCAGCAGCAACAUGGAGCUGGGAAUCUAAAGGGUCUGGAGUGAUUCUGGAUGAAGGAAUGGUCUCUGAUCUCUUGUCAGGUGUUCUCUAACCUCAUCAGGCAUUAUAGGAGAACAUUUAGAGCUGUUAAACUGGCAAAUGGAGGUUUCAAGAAGUAUGGAAUAAAAGGGUGCCGUUAAUUGUGCCCCCAUUUUAAAUUCUUAUUAUCCAAUGAAAGGUUAGAUUUUUGUGAUUUAAAAAAAAAUAAAAGAUCAAAAGGAUUAACAAUACAGAUUAAUUUUCACGGCCUUCUUUGAUCAUAUUUACCAAGGGUGCCGGUAUUUUUGGCCAUGACUGUAUAUAUAUAUAUAUAUAUAUAUAUAUUGGGCUGGGUAAAAAAUAUAAAUGUCUCGAUAUUAAUCGAUUCUCAUUUUUACGGAACGAUAUCGAUUCUUAAAUCCCAACAAUCGAUUAGUCUAGUCUGUUAAUGGAAGGAACGUUGAAGGGCACCUCCCAUCCAAUAUAUCACAAUAAGCAUUGUGCUUUGGUACUUUUAAUAUAAAACAAAGUCUCAGAUUUCAAAUUUUGUACAUUGUAUUGCAGUAUUCAAACAAUAAAUGCCGUUUUGGCGCUGUUUAUUGUGGAGUGACAGAUCGCUGUAGCGCCUCAGUUCAACAGACGCGGCAGCGCGAGGCCUACGUGAACCGAUCAAAUCCUCCACAUUAAUACCAGUUUCAGCACGAAAUAAACAUGACUAAACAUCCGAAGGAUCUGAACAUCAUGAAGAACUCAAACACACAGUGCUUGCAACCCAAUCAAAGAUCUUACAGGACCUGGAGGCUUUCUGUGAAAAACACUAGGCAGGAUACUAUCUUUAAAACCAAGGCAUUGAGUCUUCAUAUCUCAUUAACCACAGACAGAACAAGGGGCACGUUUGACCUUGACUGACGUUGUGGGGCCAAAUUCUGACCCAAACACAAUUGAGGGGAUCAGGGGCGGGAGGCGUCCCUCUCCUAAUCUUCUAAGGGGGCCAGAUGAGUAUAAAAGACCUGUAACCCCUGCACCGCUCCCAAAGAAAGCCGAGCGUGGACAUCCACCCCUCCACAGGAGAGACAUACAUAAGAAACGGUGCAGCUGCACCCAGUCAACAGCCUGUCAAUCAACAAACCGCACUACAUCACGGAGAGCGAAUUCAAAGAAAAGCGACCAACAGUGACCAGCAGCCAUGAAUCUUGAGCCACCCAAACCAGAGAUGAAAUCCGCCACCCGUGUCACUGGUGGUCCCGCCACACCACGCAAAGGACCACCCAAGUUCAAGCAGAGGCAGACUCGCCAGUUCAAGAGCAAACCACCAAAGAAGGGUAUCCAAGGUUUCGGAGACGACAUCCCUGGCAUGGAAGGUUUAGGCACUGACAUCACUGUCAUCUGCCCCUGGGAGGCCUUCAACCAUCUGGAGCUUCACGAGCUGGCUCAGUAUGGUAUCAUCUGAGCCCGUCACCUUCCCAUCAUCCUCUGGGCAAUUUAGACCCUUUCCUGUCAUGUUCUCCAAACCACCUGCCUCCAUCCUGGCCAUCGUCUCCGUGUGGACCAUUUAUAACAGAAUAAACACCAAAAAACAGCAACAUUUAUAAAAAUGGAAAAACUAAGAAAAAUCAACAUCAACAAAAAAAAAAAAAAAACUAUCUGACUAUCUAUCCCUCCGGUUUCUUUUCUUUCUUGCAGUCCAAGAACACGUUCUGCUCAAACUAUAGAACAGAAAAGUCUAUAUGAUCCCGUCAGAUCACAUUCUGUUUGCCUAGAAAAACUGCUGCUCUUUUCUUUGCUCUCUUCUUCUUUUUCUACUCUCCCUCCUUGUUUUCUUCUGGAACACAAAAUAUACGCAAGCAAGACAGCCUCAGAGUGAGUAAAAGCAAGACACGUGCCCGUGAAAUGAAUGGCUUCUCAUUUCACGUGCCUCGGUGCCUCCUCUGUCCACCUUCACCGAGUUCAUAAGAAAAGAUCAAAGUCCUGUAGAGAUGAAACACCCUGCUGGCCGACAUUAGAUUCCCAAAACUUUAUUUCAUCCCAUUAUUUCCCCAUCAAGGUAAUACAUGCUGAUUUUAAAGUUUCAACCUUUUCACUCCCUUGUAUUUUUUAAAAAAUUUUGUGUUCUGUGUAAGGAUAACGUACAUUUUUUAAUAUCAUGUUUGCUUUGUGCUUUGCAACCCCUUCAUUCAAUGCAUUCAUAUGUUAGCACACAUACAGGCACGAUUUGAUUAUUCUCGGUUUCAGUAAGUCUCUCAGGUGACUGUUAGGGAACAGUGUUGGGCUGCCAUGUCUUGUGUUUCUUUCAUUCAUUUUGUGUAGUUCUUUCAUUUUUCAUCGCCAUCGUCUGUCAUCCUCAUCAUCACACACCUUGUUAUCAUUGUGCCCCACUUUAAUAUCAUUUCUAUUUAAUGUAUUCAUGACUUUCCAUUUGUAUAUUUCAUUGUAAAAUAUUAUUCAUUAUAAUUUAAUCAAUUCAUUUAAAUGUCCUGUAUCUUUCAUAGAUUUAUGAGUUUCUUUCACUUUAUUGGCAUUGUGUCAAGUAUGUUUAUUUCCCUAUGUUUAUGUUUGUUGCAUGCUCUAUCUUUCACUAUUUUGUUUAUAUUCAUUCAUUCGUUUGUUCAUCCAUCCAGUCACAUUCUAGAUUUUUCUUUUAGUGUAAAAAGCCCAUUUCCUGCACAGUCAGAUGCUCAUGUAUCCAAAUAAUAUAUACAAAGUAAAUUAUAUGAAAAGAUGUGGUUUGCACAAGCAUGAACAUAUGUUAAUUUUUGCACAGGUCCUUUAUAUGUGUUAGGACUGUGUGUCCUUCUGAAUCCUUAAGUCUUGAGUGAAGUUCUUCUGUGUUGUUUAGGCCUGUAUUGUGCAGAUAUAGGGUUUCAGGCUGAACGUGUAUCCAUUUUGAGGGUUGACAACAUCAGUGACUAAAGUGAAGAUUUCUCUCUACAGGAUGAGAUCAAAAUAAAGCUUGAA